AAGCAGAUGCAUCUCGAACUCCGAGUCGGAUCAUGGUAUCUCCCUCUUGGCAAUCACCAGACGUCUCGGUUCCAAAGCGUCCUACUAGUACUCCCCUGCCGACCAGGUACAUGUAUUUACUAAUAUAGUACUGUACCUGUACCAGUAGGCGUGAAACCAGCCACCUGGAGUUCAUCUCAAGUGAAGAGAGAUCCUGGAAUGCCGACCGCUGUACUCGAAAACAUUAGGAAACGUGCAUAUACCCUGCGGCAGGAGAUGAUGCUUCCUUGUUGAUUGAAAAUGAUAUCCUCUGGUACGGCGUCAAAAUAUGUAUUGGCCAUGCGGCGUGCCUCGAAUCGCCGCAUAUCAUGGUCCCCAACCCCUCCUACAAGUCGAAAGCACCGAGGACGGAGACAAAUCACAAAAUGGGUCGCGCGAGAUAGAAGCAACCGAGGACCAAAAUGCCUCCGGGGCGGACGCGCUGGUGGACGCGAUCCUCGACUUACAGGUGGCGCGCAAUGAUCACUUCUUCGCAACAGUCACCGCCUCCAGACUGGAUCUAUGGAGCACCCGACCACUUGUCCUGUUAGUGUCGUUGCGCCGUUCAUCGCGGUCGCUCAAGACGUACGGUCACAAUGUCUCCGUCGUUUUCAAGCCAGAUUCCACUUGUGUCGUGUUGCGCACCUCAGAAAGCUAUCUUAUCGUUUAUUCGGUGGACGGAGACCCGAACACCCGAGUCCUCCAACAGCAAUACGGUUACAGCCAAGCCAAACGACAAAACCUGAUGCGAAGUUUUGGUGUUGAUGAGACGGCCGGUGUGGGUGAGGUUCUUCUCCGCUUUCGCCGGGCCAUCAAAAUCGAUGCAGGAAUUCAUUCUGUUGUCGCCCUUGGUUCAGAGUUGGUUGUGGCCACGACGAAACCCGCCGCUGUGCAAUGUAUCAGAUGGGAGCCCCAAAAAGAUGGGUCUCAUGCCGUGACGCAGCUGUUGACUAAGUUGGAAUGGAUUGGUCAUAAGUCGGCCAUAUUGGCAAUAACCCAUGAUCGAGCAAUGAAUCUCUCGGUCUGGUUAUCACAGGAUGGUUAUGGUUAUGCCGUGCAGCGAGUGAAACCGCAGCUGGUACGGCCAGCAUCGUCAGAGGACUCGCUCCCACCAUCAAGAAGUUCUACGACUCCGCCAACUCGAUUGUUUGACGGGUACUGUUUCCAUAAACCGGACACUUUAGGGGAAGCAAGACUCGCGAGCAUAAACGCACGCUUCUCGCUCAUCGCUGUCGCAACAUCUGCCGGGGAGAUUGUUUGUUAUGCCGCCAAAGACUACGUGGGCAACAUUCCUUUGUCUCACACGUUCAAACCCCCCGCCUCGCCCACAGCACGAGGAGCAGUCACCUGCCUGGCUUGGUCGUCUGACGGAUAUUGCCUUUUCGCUGGGUACGAACAUGGAUGGGCUAUGUGGUCAGUCUUCGGUAAAGAAGGUGCCUCGACCUUUCAUAUGAAUUUAUCCCAUGCAGAAUCAAACAAUGAAGACUGGCUUGCUGCCGUGCAUCGCGCGAGUUGGAUCAGCGGUGGAUCUGAAAUCCUCAUCACAUCCCCUGGACAGGGGAGGAUAUGGAAACUCCAGAUGUCAAGGAGUGCGGCAAUGGGUUGCUUCUCAUGCGCAAACCUUGUUCGUGCUCUGCUUCAGACACCGACCGAGUUGACGGUCUAUCGGGGUCACGAGCUGCCUGAUCUAACAUCCAUAUCGAACGAGGCAUCACUGUGGCAUCAUGUCCAGUAUCCGCCUCUCUAUCUUCAUAACCAGUGGCCCAUCAAGUCCAGCGUCAUCUCUCAAGAUGGCAGAUACGUCGCGGUUGCAGGUCGCCGGGGACUCGCUCAUUACAGUCUCCAGAGCGGCCGAUGGAAAAGCUUUUCUGACGUGGCUGUGGAAAACUCAUUCGCUGUCCGAGGCGGCAUGUGUUGGUUUAACCACAUUCUCGCCGUCGCUACCGAGAGUGCCUCAGGGUACGAUUUGCGACUCUACUCUCGCGAGCUUGAGCUCAGUCGGUUCCCACUUCAUACUGAAGCCUUCUCCAUGCCAAUCGUCUUUGUCGGACCGUCAGGCGAGGAUUCUCUACUCGUGUACACCUACGAAAACACUCUUUACCACUAUAUACUCAACAUUACAGCUCGAGGCGCACAGCUUGUGCAAGUGGGCCAAAUUGCCUUUCACGGCAUCGUUCAAGCCCCGAGUCGAGUGCGGUCCGUGAGCUGGGUUCUACCGGAUUCGCAAUUGCGGAACGGCGACCCAUCCCGGGACGUGGAGUACGCAUCUGUCCUGUUUCUGGUUGAUGACAAGCUGGUGCUUUUGCAGUCGUCGCGCAAUGAGAAGGACGAACUGAAAUACGAUAUGCGUGUGACCGCCCACCAUGUCGAGUACUACAUUCUCAUGAGAGACCAGAUCUACUUCAAUUUCACUAGCGGGCAAGAGGAAUCGGCGCCUCCCACACCGUCCGCCAGCUCGACAUUUGCUAGAAGCGGCAGCAGCAGCCAGCAACAGUGCUCACUGCGGGAUUCGCUAUGGAUUUUUAAUGGCGAUGAACUUCGACUCUGGCUUGACGUGCGUGAUCUAUUCAACAACCAGGGUGGAGAAGGCGAUCGUGGUCGCGAUCAUCAUCUUACCGCAACUAAGUCGCCAACGCUGCUUUCCAUGCCAGUAGACUUCUACCCGCUAUCAAUUUUGUUGACCAAGGGCGUCGUGCUGGGCAUCGAAUCGGAGCUUCUCCAACGGCGCGAUGUCAACUUCACCCAGUUCCGCUCUGGAAUCCGCACACAGCUUUUCCUCCCUUAUAUUUUGCGCCAUCAACUGUGCGAGGCCAAAGAUACCGCAGCAGCCUUUGCGCUGGCUUACCAGUACCAGCACUUGUCGUACUUUCCACAUGCGCUGGAGAUACUACUGCAUAAUGUCUUAGAUGAUGAGGUCGACCGGACCAGGAAAGCGAAGCGGCGCAUCGUUAACAGCAACAAUGACGAACAGGUCGAAGCGCCAGACCAAGACCCAGGCCCCUUGCCCGCUGUACUGUCCUUUCUUCAACUCGUCCUCCCACCGACAACAUAUCUAUCCACCGUGGUCCAAUGCAUCCGCAAAACCGAACUCAGUUCCUGGAAAACACUAUUUGCCCACCUUCCACCGGCAUUGACCCUCUUCGAACAGGCUCUUGAUCUCGAAGAUCUCAAGACCGCCACGGGGUUCCUGAUUGUGCUUCAGGGUCUAGAAGAGGAUGCGGACGACGAAUCAGGCACCUACGACGCUCGCAAGGACAAGUUCGAAGGCUACGUGAUUCGCCUGAUGAAGCUGGCGCGGCAAAAGUCGGAUUUCGAGCUGUGUUCCGAACUCGCGCGGUUCAUGAUGGGCAUUGAUCCGCAAGGUGAUGCUCUGAGACGCGUCGUCGUCGGUGUUGGGUUCACGACCAACAAUAACAAUAACAACGAUCUGGCUGCUGCUGCUGCUGCUGCUCGUCUCAAUCCCAAUCGAACGGCUUCGGGGGUUCACGUUGCGUACAACGAUAUGCCAAACCCCUCGCCUACAGCAAGGCAGAAAAUAGAAGGUGACACCAGAGCUGCUUCUCGGCAGAGUAUUUCAGCCGGCGGGGAUUACUUUUCCUCGUCUCCUAGCGCGAUCUAACUCUAAGUGGCUCUCGCGACGGGAAAAAAGAAAGGGAGGGGUUGGGGGAGUAGAGUAAUUGUGAAACUGAACGAACGUCGGUCGUCUUGUCAUGGCGCCCAACACGGAUCAGAAGUGGUCAAGGUAUAGAAGAGAAUUUGGGUUCCUGGUCAGUGUUGGCGGUGGGAUUUUGUUCUUUGUAUUUAUCUUUUUCGCCCAAAAAAAGAGGAACGAAGACUUUCCAAGAUAGCUAUCUACACAUUCGAGGGUUGUCCCGGUCUGCUUACUGUAAAGCCGUACCGUGCAAUUUCAAGAAUUCCUGGAGUCUGUUAUAUUGUGAUGCUCCCUUCCACCGACUGAACCUUGGGUUGACAUUGGACCUUUUCCCAAAACGAGGAUUCCACUAGUUUACUUUCGAUGUCAACAAAUGACUUGCAAUGAACCCAGGC